CCCCCGCGUCCGCCCGCCCGGCUUCCCGCCGGCGGCCCCGCCCCUCCCCCAACCGCCCGCCUAGCAUGGUGCGGCGGCCGCGCGCGCCGACAUGGGCGAGAAGCUGGAGCUGAGGCUCAAGUCGCCAGUGGGCGCCGAGCCCGCUGUCUACCCGUGGCCGCUGCCGGUCUACGACAAGCACCACGAUGCUGCUCAUGAGAUUAUUGAGACUAUCCGGUGGGUCUGUGAGGAAAUCCCGGAUCUCAAGCUGGCCAUGGAGAACUACGUUCUGAUCGACUAUGACACCAAAAGUUUUGAAAGCAUGCAGAGGCUGUGUGACAAGUACAACCGAGCCAUCGACAGCAUCCACCAGCUGUGGAAGGGCACCACGCAGCCCAUGAAGUUGAACACUCGGCCAUCCAAUGGGCUCCUGCGGCACAUCCUGCAGCAGGUGUACAACCACUCUGUAACCGACCCCGAGAAGCUCAACAACUACGAACCCUUCUCCCCGGAAGUGUACGGGGAGACCUCCUUCGACCUGGUUGCCCAGAUGAUCGACGAGAUCAAGAUGACCGAGGAUGACCUGUUUGUAGACCUGGGCAGUGGUGUGGGGCAGGUUGUCCUUCAGGUUGCUGCUGCCACCAACUGCAAACAUCACUACGGAGUGGAGAAAGCGGACAUCCCAGCCAAGUACGCGGAGACCAUGGACCGAGAGUUCAGGAAGUGGAUGAAAUGGUAUGGAAAAAAGCAUGCAGAAUACACACUGGAACGAGGUGACUUCCUCUCAGAGGAGUGGAGGGAACGGAUCGCCAACACGAGUGUUAUAUUUGUGAAUAACUUUGCCUUUGGUCCUGAGGUGGAUCACCAGCUGAAGGAGCGAUUCGCAAACAUGAAGGAAGGUGGCAGAAUCGUCUCCUCAAAGCCCUUUGCCCCUCUGAACUUCAGGAUCAACAGCAGGAACUUGAGUGACAUCGGCACCAUCAUGCGUGUGGUGGAGCUGUCGCCCCUGAAGGGCUCCGUGUCGUGGACUGGGAAGCCCGUCUCCUACUACCUGCACACUAUCGACCGCACCAUACUUGAAAACUAUUUUUCUAGUCUGAAAAAUCCAAAACUCAGGGAGGAGCAGGAGGCCGCGCGUCGACGGCAGCAGCGGGAGAGCAAGAGCAGCGCCACCACCCCCACCAAGGUCCCGGAGAGCAAGGCUGCUGCCACCGAGGCCCCUGCGGACUCUGGUGCUGAGGAAGAAAAGUCAGGUGUGGCCACUGUCAAAAAGCCAUCUCCCUCCAAAGCCCGGAAGAAGAAGCUGAGCAAGAAAGGCAGGAAGAUGGCUGGCCGGAAGCGCGGGCGGCCCAAGAAAAUGAGUGCUGCGAAUGCUGAGCGCAAGUCCAAGAAGAGCCAAAGCACACUGGACCUCCUGCGCUCCCCGCCCGCAGCCCCGCCCCCUGCCUCACCCCAGGAUGCGUACAGGGCACCUCAUAGCCCAUUCUACCAGCUACCUCCGAGCACGCAGCUCCACUCCCCGAAUCCGCUGCUGGUGGCACCCACCCCGCCUGCAUUACAGAAACUUUUAGAGUCCUUCAAAAUCCAGUACCUGCAGUUCCUGGCGUACACGAAGACCCCACAGUACAAGGCCAACCUGCAGCAGCUGCUGGACCAGGAGAAGGAGAAGAACACGCAGCUGCUGGGCACUGCCCAGCAGCUCUUCGGGCAUUGCCAGGCCCAGAAGGAGGAGAUCCACAGACUGUUCCAGCAGAAGCUGGAUGAGUUGGGCGUGAAGGCGCUGACCUACAAUGACCUCAUUCAGGCCCAGAAGGAGAUCUCCGCCCACAACCAGCAGCUGCGGGAGCAGUCGGAGCAGCUGGAGAAGGACAACAGCGAGCUGCGGAGCCAGAGCCUGCGGCUGCUCAGGGCCCGGUGCGAGGAGCUGAGGCUGGACUGGUCCACAUUGUCUCUGGAGAACCUGCGGAAAGAGAAGCAGGCCCUGCGGAGCCAGAUCUCGGAGAAGCAGAGACACUGCCUGGAGCUGCAGAUCAGCAUCGUGGAGCUGGAGAAGAGCCAGCGGCAGCAGGAGCUCCUGCAGUUGAAGUCCUGUGUGCCACCCGACGAUGCUCUGUCCCUGCAUCUGCGUGGCAAGGGUGCCCUGGGCCGCGAGCUGGAGGCCGAUGCUGGGCGCUUGCGUCUUGAGCUGGACUGUGCCAAGAUCUCCCUGCCGCACCUCAGCAGCAUGAGCCCCGAGCUCUCCAUGAAUGGCCAUGCCGCCAGCUACGAGCUCUGCAGUACAGCUAGUCGGCCCUCGUCCAAACAGAACACCCCCCAGUACCUGGCCUCCCCCUUGGACCAGGAGGUCGUACCCUGCACCCCCAGCCACAGUGGCCGGCCUCGGCUAGAAAAGUUGUCUGGCCUGGCUUUGCCAGACUAUACCCGGUUGUCACCUGCAAAGAUUGUGUUGAGGCGGCACCUGAGCCAGGACCACACCGGGUCUAGCAGAGCGGCUGCCAGUGAGCCGCACCCCCGGGCGGAGCACACCAAGGAAAGCACCCUUCCCUACCAGAGCCCCGGCUUGUCCAGCAGCAUGAAGCUCAGCCCCCAGGACCCACUGCCUGCCUCCCCGGCGACCUCGCCGCUCACCUCAGAGAAGGGCAGUGAGAAGGGUGGGAAGGAGCGUGCCUACAGCAGCCAUGGGGAGACCAUCACCAGCCUGCCUGUCAGCAUUCCACUCAGCACGGUGCAGCCCAACAAGCUGCCCGUCAGCAUCCCACUGGCUAGCGUGGUGCUGCCCAGCCGCGCCGAGAGGGCGAGGAGCACUCCCAGCCCUGGGCCACAGCCCCGAGACUCCUCAUCCACACUUGAAAAGCAGAUUGGUGCUUCUGCCCACGGUGCAGGAGGCAGCGCAGGAGGGAGCAGGAGCCUCGCCCUGGCGCCCACAGGCUUCUACACUGGUUCGGUGGCCAUCAGCGGGGCCCUGGCCAGCAGCCCAGCGCCUCUGGCCUCUGGAAUGGAAUCUGCUGUUUUCGACGAGUCCUCUGGACCCAGCAGCCUCUUUGCCACCGUGGGGUCUCGCAGCACACCCCCACAGCACCCACCUCUGCUACCGCAGCCCCGCAACUCCGGCCCCGCCUCUCCUGCCCACCAACUCUCAGCCAGUCCCCGCCUGAGUGUGACUACCCAGGGCCCGCUGCCCGACACCAACAAGGGGGAUCUCCCUUCUGACCCUGCCUUCUCAGACCCGGAGAGCGAGGCUAAGAGGCGGAUUGUGUUCAGCAUGGCAGCCGCUUCCAGCUCUAAGCAGUCACCUUCCACCAGGCACAGCCCCUUGACCUCUGGCACCCGUGGGGACUGUGUUCAGAGCCAUGGGCAGGACAGCCGGAAGCGCAGCAGAAGGAAGCGUGCGUCAGCUGGAACCCCCAGCCUCAGCACGGGUGUGUCCCCCAAGCGCCGGGCUCUGCCAACUGUCGCUGGCCUCUUCACACAGUCCUCGGGGUCUCCCCUCAACCUCAACUCCAUGGUCAGCAACAUCAAUCAGCCCCUGGAGAUCACAGCCAUCUCAUCCCCUGAGAGCUCCCUGAAGAGUUCCCCCACCCCCUACCAGGACCACGAUCAGCCCCCAGUGCUCAGGAAGGAGCGGCCCCUGGGCCCGACCAAUGGAGCUCAUUACUCACCGCUGACCUCAGAUGAGGAGCCAGGCUCUGAGGAUGAGCCCAGCAGUGCCCGAAUUGAAAGAAAAAUUGCAACAAUCUCCUUAGAAAGCAAAUCUCCCCCGAAGACGCUGGAAAAUGGUGGUGGCUUGGUGGGAAGGAAGUCUGCCUCCUCGAGCGAGCCUGUGAACAGCAGCAAGUGGAAGUCCACCUUCUCGCCCAUCUCCGACCUCAGCCUGGCCAAGGCCGUGGACAGUCCGCUGCAGGCUGCCUCUGCGCUCAGCCACAGCCACAGCCCCCUGUUCUCUUUCCGGCCAGCUCUGGAGGAGCCCGCUGCUGAGGCCAAGCUCCCCAGCCACCCGAGGAAGGCCUUCGCCGGCUCCCUGGCCGCGCCCGAGGGCCCCAGCCCCGGCGCCAACCCUCCCAACGGCCUGGCCUUCAGCGGCGGCCUCGCUGGCGACCUCGGUUUACACAGUUUCAACGACGGUGCUCCCCUCUCCCACAAGGGCCCUGAGGUGGCCGGCCUGAGCGCCCCCCUGAGCUUCCCAUCCCAGCGGGGCAAGGACAGCACCACGGAGGCCAACCCCUUCCUCAGCAGGCGGCAGCCGGAGGGCCUGAGUGGCCUGAAGGGCGAGGGCAGUGCAGGCAAGGAGUCGGGCGAGGCCCUGCCCCUGUGCGGGCCCGCGGACAAGGUGGCCCUGCCUCAUGGCGGCAGGGCCAGCAAGGGCCGCGACCGUGAGCUGGACUUCAAGGGCGGCCACAACCUCUUCAUCUCUGCCGCCGCCGUGCCUCCAGGCGGCCUCCUCGGUGGCCCUGGCCUCGUAACUGUGGCUUCCUCGGCGGGCAGUGCGACACCUGCUGCCCAGGCUCCCCGGCCCUUCCUGAGCACCUUCCCCCCGGGGCCUCAGUUCACGCUGGGCCCCAUGUCCCUGCAGGCCAACCUGGGCUCUGUGGCCGGCUCCUCCGUGCUGCAGUCCUUGUUCAGCACCGUGCCGGCGGCCGCCGCAGGCCUGGUGCACGUGUCGUCCACUGCGACCCGACUGACCAACUCGCACACCAUGGGCAGCUUCUCCUCCGGGGUGGCCGGCGGAACCGUUGGAGGUGUCUUUACCCACGCGGUGCCUUCUGCCUCUGCUCACCCGUUUGGAGCUGGUGUCGGCAGCGGGGCUGUGUGUAGCAGCGCCACGCUGGGCCUGAGCCCGCUGCAGGCGGCGGCCAGCACCUCGGCUUCUUCCUUUCAGGCCGCGGCUUCGGUCGAGACUCGGCCGCCCCCUCCCCCUCCCCUCCUUCCUCCUCAGCACCUGGGCAGGCCCCCUGCGGGGCCGCCUGUCCUCCACGCACCCCCCCCUCCUAACGUCGCCUUGCCUCCUCCUCCUGCGCUGCUGGCUUCUAACUCGGAGCCGGUGCUUCUGCAGGGCCUGGCCUCCCUCCCGGCUAACAAAGCUUUCUUACCCCCCUCCUCUGCCGCCUCUCUGCAGCCUGCUAACGCCUCUCUGUCUGUCAAGCUCGCCUCCCUCCCACACAAGGUCUCCCGCCCCUCCUUCACGGUGCACCACCAGCCCCUGCCCCGGCUGGCCCUGGCGCAGGCUGCGCCCGCCGCCCCGCAGGCCAGCUCCUCGGGGCCGUCGGCUGUGUGGGUUUCCCUUGGCAUGCCGCCUCCUUAUGCCGCGCACCUUUCGGGGGUUAAGCCUCGAUAAAGACCUUGCUUAGCUAGCAGUUCAUGUUCUGUAAGGUAAGGCUAGAGCCAAACCACCCUCCUCUUGCCCGGAAGACGGCUGGCAGGGCCCAGCAGAUGUCCGGGGUCCUGAGUGGUGGAGAUGGGGGGCUAAGGGAGGCAGGGCCACCAUUGUGCAGGACUGCCGGGUCCUCAGCCGGCAGCUGAGAGGACAUCUGAGGUGAUGAGGUUCAAGGGUGGCGCACCAAAGCCAAGGUCGCCCCAGCAGUCCAUGAUUUUGGGGUCACAUUUUUAGUUCUAAACUGAGGCCUCCGCCACCAGCCUACCUGUGCAAGGGGAACAAGGGGUUGUCAGUGGCCGAGGUUGCAGGCCCUGUCCCCAGGCAGAAAGCUGCCUGUGGUCACAGGGGCAUCCUGGAGCACAGAGUUGGGGCUUAAGGUUCAGGGAGCAGGUCCUGCCCACCUCUGCCUGAACAGCAGCUGUCAAACCCCGCCCGGUGGUCAUCGUGGUAGACAUGCCCUGGGAGUAAAGAGCCAGGUGGCAGCCCUCUGGCCUUCUCCAUAGGGUGUGGCCCUGCGGUGGCAGGAGCCUGGGCACAGGACAGGCUGGCCAACUUCAUCUGGUGGGCCUAGGGCUAGAGCCUCUCCAGCUGACCCGUCCUGUGUGCUCAGCAACGCUGGAGAGGGUUGGGUCCAACAGUACCUACCAGGGGCACCCUCUGCCCUGUGUCCUGUGGGGCAGCUCAGCCACGGUGGGCGUGUUGAGUGUCCCUAACCCUGGGCCUGUGCCUCCUCCCUGCAGGUAACUAGGACUUCUACCUCAGCCACGACCUAUGCAAGGACGGGGUGGACCAAGCCUGCUGCCUACCAGGCCGGCGGAGCCGGACGUGGAGCCACUGUGAAUCGGCGGCGGCACCGCAGGAGGUGCUGGACUGGUCCAGUUUGUACUGUCGAUAGUUUUAGAUAAAGUAUUUAUCGUUUUUUUUUUAAAGAGUAUAAGCAAUUCUGACUUAUUUUAUUCCAUCAAAGUCGUCCAAGGCAACCUCUUGAGACGUCUAAGUGUCUGUGAGAGAGAAUCAUAUAGACGUGGCCUGCCGGGCUGGCCACCCGAGGACUCCCGACUCCGUCCUGGUGCUAUUUCACCACCGAGCCCAUGCCUGCCCAUCUCCAACUCCGCCCCGGGUGCUGCCCCACAUGUGGACCGUGGCUGAACAGUUCCGACGCGCCCCCACAGCUUGACUGAUACCAAAGGCACGCCAGGCAUGCCCGGUGGGGGCCGACCUCCGGUCCCUCCUUGGAGCUCGCCCGCUGUCACUGUGAACCACCCGCGGUUAACCCUGUGGCUUCAGGCAUGCAGACGGACUGGGCUGAGUGGUGCUGGCAGGUGUGGGCCGCUACUGCAGGGCUCGGUGGCUCCUGUGACAAGUGCAUUUACUUUGUAUUUCUUUGCUUUUCUGGCUCGGGGCAUGCUGGCCAGGUGACAUGGGGCUGGCCCACUGUGGGUCCCCUGGCAUCUGUGUAUAAGAGAGUCACGUGAUGAGUGACAGUAUUUUAUAGAGAUGUGAUGGAGAUUUAUAAAUUUCAUAGACUUGACUGCAUUUAUUUUUAGAUUGUAUAAUGCACAGUGAACUUUAAAGGAAAGAAAAGUGAGGAGAAAAAUACUUUUAUUUAUUCAAAUGCACAAAAAAUGGCACUGGCCAGGGGCCCUGCAGGAGUGUGGCCCAGAUGUGCUGGGCCACCCGGGGCCCCGGUCACUGUGGACACCGUCUGCCUGUGUCCAGGGGUUGCCUCCUGGUCCCGGGGACAGGUGCACUGGGUGUGGCUUUGAAGGGCCAGGGCUGGUUUGGCUUGCUGAGGCUGUCCUGACUGCCCUCAAUGCUGCUCACUUCAGGUUGGGGGGAGGUGGGCUGAGGGGGGAGCCAUGUUGACCCCCUCCGCCUGUCCUGCCUCCCAUGGCAGUUGUGAAGAUGGUGCUGGUGUCCCUCCCCCCCACCCCCCACCCCGUGAUGGUGCUUGUGCUCGCCAGGCCUGUUCCUGUGCGCCACAGCUAGCCACGGUGCUGCGGGACAGGGUGGCCAUAACGUUAGCAAGGCCCAGGCCUGGAACAAGACACGGAGUGAACACGCGUGCACACCGCCUGCCACCCUGGCAGCUGCUGCUCCAGUGGUCGCUGCUUCCACCUUACUUGAGUGUUAGGGGACAGACACUGCAUGUUCGUGGCCCGCACGGCCCAGUGGGCCACAGGUGCUCUGGGCGGGCACAGCUGCAAGUCCUUUCCUGAGCCCACAAGAAGGGGAACCCUUAGUAAACUGACCAUGGUGCAUGGUGGCCCCAGGUUCCCAAGCUCAUGGUCCUAGCGUGGGGUGAGGCUGCCUCACGAGUCCCUGCCACUCCAGCCCAAGGCUGCUGCGGGGCUUGAGCUCAGGAACUGAUAGGAAGCCCUGCCUGGGACCCACUCCCACGCUAGCCCACAUGGGGACCCCGCCGCCGGACACACCUCCCAGUUCCCACCCUCGACCUCCACGGCUUUUUCGGCAGCCUGGCCUGUUGUGACUUGAUGCAGCUUUGCUCUGUCUUGUAACGACCUCUGUCCUUAACGGUGCACUGUCCUCUCCCUUGGUUCCCCAAGGCAUCUCCCAUGUUGUUGCCGCCUCUAGACACAGUAAUAAACAGCUGUUUUCACUUGA